AUGUUUCGCUCGUUGAAAUUAACGAAAUCUCUUACAAAACAUGCUUCUUUGCUUUGCAAGGGGCAACAAAAACGAUUCCUUGCCAUUCAUGAAUAUUUAUCAAUGGACUUGUUGAACAAGUACGGUGUGAAUAUUCCCAAGGGACAGGUCGCUAAAACACCACCACAAGCCUACGAAAUUGCAAAGAAAUUUGGUAAAGAAGAUGGAGACGUGGUCAUUAAAGCUCAAGUUCUUGCUGGUGGCCGUGGUAAAGGUACCUUCGAUACUGGUCUGAAGGGUGGUGUAAAAGUCGUUUACUCUCCCACAGAAGCAAAAAAAUGCGCUGAAAAGAUGAUAGGCCAUAAUCUUAUCACAAAACAAACCGGCCCUGGUGGCAAAAUAUGUAAUACUGUUUUCAUUGUCGAGCGAAAAUAUAUUCGUCGUGAAUAUUACUUUGCGAUAUUGCAAGAUCGAAAAUCUGAAGGGCCAGUUGUUGUUGCUUCUUCUCAAGGUGGAGUUGACAUUGAAAGUGUCGCAGCUGAGAAUCCUGAUGCUAUUAUAAAAUUGCCGAUUGACAUAGACGUUGGUUUGAAAAAAGAGGAUGCGAAGAAAUUGGCUGAACAAUUGGGUUUUUCUCAUAAAACUUCCGAAGAUGCUGCCGAGAUGUUUACUCGACUUUAUAAACUUUUCAUUGAUAAAGAUGCUACACAAGUAGAAAUAAACCCUUUGGUAGAAUCUGCUGAUCAUGAAGUUCUGGCGAUGGAUGCAAAGAUUAAUUUUGACGAUAAUGCCGAUUUCCGUCAACAAGAUAUCUUUGACUUACGUGACAUGUCGCAAGAAAAUUCGCGAGAAGUUGAGGCAGCAAAGUACAAUUUGAAUUAUGUUGGUUUAGAUGGUCAAAUUGGUUGUUUAGUUAAUGGUGCUGGAUUGGCAAUGGCGACCAUGGAUAUCAUAAAACUUUAUGGAGGAGAACCCGCUAAUUUUUUGGAUGUUGGUGGUGGUGCCAAUGCUAAACAAGUCACAGAAGCUUUCAAGAUUCUUUCAUCGGAUCCCCAUGUUACUGCCAUCUUCGUAAAUAUUUUUGGUGGCAUUAUGCGCUGCGAUGUUAUUGCACAAGGUGUUCUCGAAGCUGCCAGUCAAUUAUCGCUUAAUAUCCCGAUUAUUUUAAGAUUGCAAGGUACUGAAGUGGAAGCUGCAAGAGAAUUGAUUGCAAAGUCAAAAGUUCGCAUAAUCUCUAUUGAUGAUCUUGAUGAAGCAGCCAUCAAAGCGGUCAAACUAUCGCAAAUUGUUAAACUUGCGCGUACUGCGCAAGUUCAUGUAUCAUUUGAAUUACCAAGAUAA